CGAUGGGGAGAAAGCGAACCACUGCCGCCCGCGCACAAAAGUUGCCGGAAAACAUCAUCGUCGACAUUUUGUUCAAACUGCCGGCAAGAUCGCUGCCUCGCUUCAGGCUCUUGUCCCGCUUUAUUCUUACCACCCAACAAUAGCAAUGGAAUCUCAAUCAAGCCAGUGAAGAAUAACGGGGUUUCGGACUUCCCCUUGCCAUUCCUCAAGGGUUACAGCGAAUUCGAUGAGGAACCCAAGUUGAGAUAUGCCGGAUCCUUCAAUGGGUUGGUCUGUUUGAUCCUCCAUCGAUGGGGAGAGUACUGGGUUCUGUGGAACCCGGCCACCGCCCAAUUCAGCUUCGCCCCUCCGCCGAUCUUGCCUCAGAGGGAUUGCUUCUGCAACGGCGCACGCCCACACAGGGUCAUUGCUGGAUUUGGGUACGACUCUGCGGUUCGCGAUUACAAGUCGGUUAGGGUUUCCUGGUGGACAGAGGACGGUGGUGGAGUUCAAGUUGAGGUUCUGAGUUGGGCCAAGAGGUCGUGGACAGAAAUUCAAGACAGGAGCUUGGACACCAUCCUCACUGUGAAACGGCAAGGAUCCUGGAGCUUUCAGAAUCUUCCCGUGGCAACCAGCAAUGGUGGAGUGUAUUGGAUGGACACGGGUACUGGUAUGGUGCUCUGCUUCAAACUACACGAUGAGAAGUUGGGGUGGAUUUCGACUCCCGACGAUGCAGAUGCUGCUGCAGCUUCUUCACCUUCUUGGUCUGUCCUGAGGACAAUUAAUGUCUGGAAAGGGUCAUUGGCUAUGUUUGUACUGCCAGUACAAGACUCGUUGCUCAGCGUUUGGUUGUUUGACGAAGGAGAGUCAUCCUGGUCUACUUUACUUACCAUUCCCUUGCAAGGUUCCCCGUGCAUACCGGAGGCCAUAUGGCGCGUCAAUGGCGAAAGCUUGUUCUUGCUCUAUGUCAACUGCAUUGCCUGUGAUUCCACCGGAGCAGCCAGAUUGAAACUUCCAUUUCAUGUUAUUAGCAGAGCCUUUGAGUUUGCUGAGACCUUGGUUCCCAUCCCUGGCAGUUGAAGAAGUUUGGUGGGUGGCUUUGUUUAUUUUUCCCCCUCUUUUCCCCCCCUUGUAACUUGUAAGCAAAGUUCAGCACAGAUGUUUAUGUCUUUUCCUGUAUACCUUAAUAAUUAACUGAUGUUAAUGUUCUGCAAACUGGGCUUACUAUCCUUCGUUUACAUUGUGUCCUGGUGCACUCUUGGUGUCGUCUUCAGCUU